AGUGUUAUUCAAAAUUUUCUGUGUAAAUUUCCCGAAAAUGUCGAAAUACUGUGAAAUAUGUAAUUUAAAUUUUCUUGACGAAUAUGCUUUUCAUGGUCAUUUAAUGGGGAAAAAACAUUCCAAAAAAGCUGACCUAGAAAAAGAAAGGAAGAAAAAAGAACAAAACUCUAUUUUUGUAUCCCCCGUACCACAAUGGGUACGUCCUGAUGAUAUUCUUAAAUUUUUUACUCAAUUUGGACAGAUACAAAAUCAUCAAUUUGGGCCUCGAUUUUUUAUCAUAGAAUUCACAUCAAAAGAACCUGUGGAAUACUUGUUAAGUAAACAAAUUUGGAUGGAUAAAUGGUUAAUGAAAAUUCAAAGAAGAAUAAUACAUAACUCUAAUAAACGAGUUCAAAAUAAAAGUAAUCAAUCAACAUCAUCUGAAGAUAAUACAGAAGAAAAAGAAGAAAUUGAAGAUGUAGACUUAAUUACAUAUGCAUUAGACGAAGAGACUACUUUUGAUGGACAACUAGAUAGAUUAUUAAGUCUGAUACAAUCAGAUGAUUCUGAAGUCAGAGCUCGAUGUGAUAAUGUUUGUGCUAGUUUAGAUCGUGUUUUGAGUAAAAUUUUUCCUAAAUGUAAAGCGAUCAGAUUCGGGUCUACUGUCACUGGACUUCACUUAAAAACUAGUGAUAUGGAUGUAUUUCUAGACAUAGGAGAACCUGUUAAAGAUGAUGAUGAUUCUAACUCGGAAACUGUAAAUUCUAAACUUGGCUGGACACCAAAGUUAAUAUUUAGAGAAGUUAAAAAUGUUUUAUAUAAAAAUAAGUACAUCUUUACUCGAGUUAUUCCAAUUCCUAUGGCUAAAAUACCAGUUAUCAAAUUCAAUCAUAUACCUACAAACACAGAUUGUGAUAUAUCAUUCAAACACAGUUUUGGAGUACAUAAUAGUCAGUUGAUAAAACAUUUACUUACUUUGGAUCCUAGAGUUAAACCAUUGAUGAUGAUUAUCAAAUAUUGGGCUAAAAAACUUGACAUUACUGGAACUGGGAAAAUCACCAACUAUUCUUUGAUUAUAGCUAUUAUUUUUUAUCUUCAACAACCAAAUUUGCAAAUACUUCCUACAGUUUAUGAAAUUCAAUCUACCUGUCAGCCAAUUUUCUUUAAUGGCUGGCAAAUUAACUUCAAUAAAAAAUAUAAGAAAAAUGUUACCAACAACAGUACAAUACCAGAACUAAUUUAUGGAUUUUUUAAAUUUUACGCUGAUUUUAUGUUUUAUGAUAUGAUCAUAAAUCCAUUAGAUGGUUUAAUGUAUCAAAGAACAGACACCGCAAAAAUUACAUCAUUAGGAAUUAACAUCGAAUCUUUACAAUUACAUAAACCUGCUUGUAUUUUAGAUCCUAUUAAAUUUGAUCAUAAUAUAGCAAGUGGAUGGUCGGAUCGACUUCUCCGAGAUUUUCAGGCAUAUUGCACUGAAUCUGUUCAAAUUUGUGAGGAAUCAGCAAAAAAUCAGUACAAUAAUUUAUUAUCAUCUUUAUAUGAUUCAAAUGUUAAAAAACAACUAAAAAAAUGCAAAACAUAUUACAUGACCAUUCCUGCUGGCAGAUUUGAAAAACUUGGUCUUCCUAAAAACUUUGAAGAGGAUGAAAAUAUUAAGGAUAAGAAAAAGUACAUUGAAGAUCACUGGUUUCACAUGACUACUAAAUUGAUAAGAGCAGUUUUUGAAAGGGUAUUAAAAUUUGACGUUCGAGUGGUGAAUGAUGUAACAAAUUUGAAGCAAAUGAAAACAGAUGAACAGUUUGAUGUUUAUUCAAAAAAAAAUGAUAAAAUUAUAUUAUUAUGUAAAGGAAAGCAUUGUCUUAAUCGAGGAAGGAAAGGCAUGUUAUCUAAUUUAGAUGUUACUUUAAGCCCUAUUGAUAAAGAGUCUGUGAUUUCAGAUAAAAUUUUAGAAACUUUACAACAUAAUAAUGAUAUUACAUUAUUCAAGUUUACAUGUUUAUUGGAAAAACAAUUAAAUCCUUUACGUGUUGAAUUAAAAUUAACAAAUGCGCGAGUAAAGAAUAAUGUUUUCACAGAAAUAUCAGUGUUUAUGGUGAGUAAAAUUCCGAAAUUGAUUGACAAAGAAUUUUUGCAUAUGGCCCAAUAUGAAAAAGUAGCAUAAAAAUAUUAAUGUGACUAUAGUUUGUAGAACAAAAAUGUCUUAAAAAUUAAAUGGAUAAGAUAAACAUUAA